GAUACGGUGUCGUUUUGUUUCACAGUUGCACUGGCUCCAACUUCAUGUAGCAGCUGUACCGAGUGAGAGAGAGAGAGAGAGAGAGAGAUGUCUCUGGUAGACUACGCUUCCUCCGAUGACGACGACGAAGGAGUUAACGAGGAAGAGGGAGACCACCAGUCAGAAGCGCCAAUAGAUGAUUCUGGCCCUCCUCCUCCUCCUCCUCAAACCCAGAACUCAGGGUCAACACCGAAUCAACAACCAGAUAGCACCUUACAUUCAUCAAUGCCUUCUUCCCUUGAGAAACUUCCUGAUGCCUCACUCCUAUUAAAUUCACCUGCUAUCUCAUCUUCUCUGGCAAGCCAUAGUGACCACGCUUCUCGAGUUGCAGCUGCCAUCGCUCAAAGUGCAUCCCGCAAGAGAGAGUCUAAUGGAUUGGUUUCCAAUUUUCCUCUCAGCAAAGUUCCAAGAGGUACCUUGCCCCAUUCUAGGAAUGUUCCAGAUACUGAAGGUGGUCUUCUAGUGCCACCUCAGCUUAGAGGAAGAGUGUUAUGCCGAUGGGCUUAUCUCAUGAAUCAGCUGCGGGUUGGGGGAAUUUUGAAGUUAUAAUGACGGCAACCAUGUUAAGGAUGUGGUGGACUGGUGUUUGACACCGAUGAUGACCAUGAGUACGAUUGAAGUCUUACAAGUGGUGAAAUAUCAUACAAUUUUCUUAUUUCUUUCCUGGGAUAAAUAAAUUAGAGAUCAUUAUGACAAGAACAAGAUGUUGUGACUUGUGAGUGUUGAUAUUAUUAAUAUUUUUAAAUUCCUUGCAAAAAAGUAAUGUAUCUUAUUGUGUAAUUGGCUUCCCUUUUCUUUUGAAUUUUGGGAAUAUCCAUUGAACCCUUCCAUCUAGGUAUUGUAGGGUUCCAAAGCUGCCGAAUUGGUUUUUUUUUUUCAUGAGCCAAUUGAAUUGAAAUGAAGAUGUCUAGCGUAUGACUGUUUCAUAGCUGAGCUUAGUUGCUGGAGUUUGUUCGAGUAUGUGGGAAAAUGAGAAGGCAGAUAUAAGGAAGCAAAGUACGAUUGUAUGGAAUUGCAGGUCUUGGGGCGUUAGAGAGGUUGCAGAUAAAGAAUGCAUUGAUAUCAGCUUCUAUUAGCACCAAGUUUGUGUCUAUAUGAAUUCUGCAGUUGGUAGAUGAACUCAUGUCGCAUUACAUGCUUCAGAGACUUCCUAUGUGCUCUGAAAUUGAUGGUUUAAUCAACUGGCUUCUUAGAUUCUUUGUGAGCUCAGCUUCUGGUAGAAAAGUGGGUCUGCUGGAGAAUCAGGAUUGGAGAGUGAAGCGAUAGAAGAACCCUUGCCAGGAAGAAUCAUUUGGUAUGCAUUGUAGGAACUCAGUUACUGCUAUCAAUUACUCACCUUGUGCAUUUGAGGUGGCAAAGUGUAUGCCUUCUGAUGUGAUGGCACAACAACAAGAACUUAGGUUUUAAGGAGGAAGAACACCACUAAUCUUUCUAGAUUGGAAGUGAUGCGGUUUUCCAAUUACAUAUGUUUGUUGUGUCAUAUUUGUUUUUGUUUUAUUGUAUGAGCGAAUCAUUGCCUAUGUUUGUCAGCGAAGAGAGACUAGAAGAAUGAUUUGUUUGGGUUGACAAGCUUUUUCAGCCCCAAAACUAAGAAUCAAUGGAGUCUAUCCAUGAACAUCUAUUCUAUUUGUAUAUCUAGGUGGGGGACCUCUCUAUUCAUAUAAAAGUUUUUUAUGGCAUGA